CGCCGAGCGCUCCUCCCCGCGAGCACUCAGGCAAAGUGUAAAAAUGGCGUCCAUCAUGGAGGGUCCGCUGAGCAAAUGGACUAACGUCAUGAAGGGAUGGCAGUACCGCUGGUUCGUACUAGACUAUAACGCCGGGUUGCUGUCAUACUAUACUUCCAAGGACAAGAUGAUGCGUGGCUCCAGAAGAGGCUGUGUGCGACUUCGGGGAGCUGUGAUUGGGAUCGAUGACGAGGACGACAGCACUUUCACCAUUACCGUGGACCAGAAGACUUUCCAUUUUCAGGCCCGUGACGCAGACGAGCGGGAGAAGUGGAUUCAUGCCUUAGAGGGGACGAUUCUUCGCCACACCCUUCAGCGGGAGGCAGAAACAGGAUUCGUUCCCAGCGUUCAUGACUUCGACAAGAAACUAGCUGAAGCUGAUGCGUAUUUGCAAAUUUUGAUCGACCAGUUAAAACUCUUCGAUGAGAAGAUUAAAGACUGCAAAGAAGAUGAGUCACGCAGAAAAAUCGAGAACCUGAAGGACACGACUUGUAGUAUGGUAGAGUCCAUCAAACACUGUAUUGUACUACUACAGAUUGCCAAGGAUCAAAGUAAAGAACAGCAACACGCAAACGGACUGAUAAGCACCAUAAACCCAGUGGAUGGGGUAUUCCAGCCUACCCCUCUCAACACCUCUGUAGUCAGUGCCAUGCCAACGCAGACCACUCUACCCACAGAUGGAGCUCAGGUGUGUAAAACGGAACAGAGGCCUUCUUCUUUACCCGUGGGCCCUGUUGUUACGGUGAUGGGCAGCCUUCAGACCCCCACUCCCAACAGCACAGGGAGUGGUCCCUCGGCUCCCAGCAGCAGCGUGACUUCACCCAGUCACAUGAACGUACCACCCCACACUGUCCCUGACUUCUCCUAUUCCAGCAGUGAAGACGAGUUUUAUGAUGCUGAUGAGUUUUAUAACAGCAGCACCUCGCCGAAACACUGCAUAGAUUCGAACAGAACCGCUGAUGUGAACAGUGAAGACAGCACAGCCCUGAAACGGCCAGACACCAACGAAUCAAUCAACUCCUCCAUGUCGAACGGCACCACUGAUGCAGAUCAGUUUGACAGUCAUGAUGAGAGAGAUGAUGACCCUGAGGGUGAAUCUGUGGAAGAACACAAAAGUGUCAUCAUGCAUCUGCUGUCUCAAGUGCGACUG